AUUGCCUUUCCAGUUGGCGUUUAUAUUUUAGAUGUAGCCAUUGGGUUUUGCUGUGUAAAGUUGUCAGAAAGGGUUUUCACCUAAAUGAGUUGUCAUCUUAAAGGAUGUUGGAUACAGAUGACUGCAACUUGUCGUUGGAUAGGCUGUUUUUUGAGAAACCCAUUGUUCACAAGGUAAAACCGCUACACCAAGAGGGCAAUUCAUGGCAGCUGAAAACACCUCCACCUCUUUCUCAUAUUCCAACUAUUCAGGAUAUACAAGAGGAGGCAGAAUCUCUGUCUAAUCUUUAUGGUUUCUCACAAAACUCCAAGAAGUUUCACACUCCCUUUACAAGAUCUGAUGGUCUUGAGGUCUUCGGAAUUUCUCAUAAUUUUUACAAUGAUAAGAGAGGGAUUGAGGGGACUCAAGGUGUUAGGAGCAGCAGCCCUAGCAGGUGUGGUGGCUUUCAGGAAGGGUCGGGAUUCAGGGACUACACUCUGGAUGACCGUCACAGGGCCAUAGGUGGAGAUGGAGCUUCACAGCACUCUGGUCAUGCCAACAUCAGCACAUGUUUGCCUCUGGCCUGUGUCAAAAACCCACCUCUACGGAGAAGCUUGUUCAAGACUUCAGAGCUGACCGACAGAGGUGACUCGUCCACCAAAGAUGACCUCAGGAGCAACAGCAGCAGCAGCUGCAGCCAGACAGCAUCCAGACCUCAAACUUUUCUCAGUCGGGUUGCCAUGACGACAGUCCCUCUUUCCCUUCAUCCGCCACAGGCGACAGUUGGCCACGCAGUUCCUCUUUUUCCCUCCAAGCCCCCUCUCUCACCACCUCCUCUGGGCUCAUCUGCGGCGAGUGGCCGACUCCCACAGCAGGUGCAACAUGCAAAAAUGCAGGACAAGGGCACAAAGAGAGCGUUCGUUCCUCCCAUGACGCCUCAGCCGCUACAAAUACAAGGUUCCUCUGGGUCUGACAUCUUGCGACCAGUUUCGGAAAUUCCCAUUAAGUUCAGAUCCAUCUUCAGCGAGUUCCCCUUUUUCAAUUAUGUUCAGUCCAAAGCUCUGGAUGAUGUUCUUUACACUAACAAGAACUUUGUGGUGUGCGCUCCUACUGGAUCGGGUAAAACAGUUCUGUUUGAGUUGGCCAUCAUUCGCCUUUUAAUGGAAACGCCAGAGCCAUGGAACGAUGUCAAAGCUGUAUAUGUUGCCCCCAUUAAAGCCCUCUGCAGUCAAUUCUUUGACAACUGGACGAAGAAGUUUGGUCCCCUGGGGCUGAAGUGCAGGGAGCUCACCAGCGACAGCGAGAUCGACGACUUCUUUGAGAUUCAAGACUCCCACAUCAUCUUGACCACACCUGAAAAGUGGGACAGCAUGACAAGAAAAUGGAAGGAUCACUGUUUACUGCAACUUGUCCGACUCUUUCUCAUUGAUGAGGUGCACGUAGUGAAAGAUCCAUCGCGUGGUGCAACCCUGGAAGUGGUAGUAAGCAGGAUGAAGGCGGUGCAAGCCUACAGAGCAUUAUAUCAGUCAGAAGCAGGUCUCUCCAUGAGGUUUGUGGCCGUCUCCGCCACUAUUCCCAAUGUAUCUGACAUUGCAGAAUGGCUGUCAGAUGAGAGUGGACCAGCCACACAUCUGCAUAUGGACGAGAGCCACCGUCCAGUGAAGCUUCGUAAAGUUGUGCUGGGAUUCCCGUGGAGCCCAAACCAAUCAGAUUUCAAGUUUGACUUUUCGCUUAACUACAAGAUGGCCAACAUCAUCCAAACUUACUCUGACCAGAAGCCCGCACUGGUGUUUUGCUCGACAAGGAAAGGAGUUCAACAGUCAGCAACAAUCCUGGCAAAGGAUGCCCGCUUCAUCCUGAGUAUUGAACACAAGCAAAGGUUGACAAAAUAUGCAAAUACUAUUCUGGAUACAAAACUAAGAGAUCUGGUGAUGUUAGGAAUUGGUUACCACCAUGCAGGAGUUGUGUUGUCUGAUCGGAAGAAGAUAGAAGAGGCCUUCAUCCUCGGAGACCUACCUGUCCUCUGUACCACCAGUACUCUGGCUAUGGGGGUAAACCUGCCAGCCCACCUAGUUGUGAUCAAGUCAACGAUGCAUUAUAUUGGAGGCUCCUAUACGGAGUACAGCGAGGCUGACGUCCUACAGAUGAUCGGUCGGGCUGGACGACCGCAGUUUGAUACAUCUGCCACUGCAGUGAUCAUGACCAAGCUUCAGACCAGAGACAAGUACAUGAAACUUAUGACCGGGAUUGAAAUAAUUGAGAGCAGCUUGCAUAGUCACCUGGUGGAGCACCUGAAUGCUGAGAUUGUUCUUCAAACCAUCAGUGAUGUCAACAUGGCUCUGGACUGGAUCCGCUCCACCUUCCUCUACAUCAGAGCCCUGAAGAACCCUUCACACUACGGUUUCUCUACUCAGUUAGACAGAUAUGGGAUUGAAGGAAAGCUGCAAGAAUUGUGUCUGAAGAACCUCAACUCUCUGUCCUCCAUCGAUGUGAUCACUAUGGAUGAGGACAUCAACAUCAAAACGACAGAGGCUGGCAGGUUGAUGGCGAGGUAUUAUGUUGCGUUUGAGACCAUGAAACAGUUCACCAACGUUGCCGGCACUGAAACCUUGGCUGAUCUGAUUAAUCUGUUGUCCAAAAGCAAAGAGUUCAGUGACAUUAACCUGAGACUGAAUGAGAGGAGAACGUUGAACACUUUGAACAGGGACAAGAACAGCACUACAAUCAGAUUUCCUCUUGAGGGAAAAAUCAAAUCCAACGAGAUGAAAGUGAACUGCUUGAUUCAGGCUCAGUUGGGUUCCAUCCCGAUUCAAGACUUUGGACUUUCACAGGACACAGCAAGGAUUUUCAGGAAUGGGUUUCGCAUAUGCAAAUGCUUGUCAGAAUUUCUGACUCAGCGAUCAAAGGCAGGUUUUUCUGCUUUGUUGAACUCUGUGAUCCUGGUUAAGUGCUUUAAAGCCCAGCUUUGGGAAAACUCACACUAUGUUUCCAAGCAGUUGGAGAAAAUAGGUCAGACACUGUCGACUGCUAUGGUGUAUGCAGGACUCACCACUUUUAGCAAAAUAGAGGAAACCAAUGCCAGAGAGCUGGAGCUGAUUGUCAACAGACACCCACCUUUUGGAAACCAAAUCAUAGACUCGAUAACACAUCUCCCAAACUAUGACGUCACUCUGGAACAGCUUCCGAGGUACAGCAGUGCGACGGCAGAGAUCGUGGUAAAGGUUAACCUGAAAAACCAAGCUCAGCUGAGGUCCCGGAGAACAGCUCCGGACCAUCACUACGUCUCUCUGAUCAUCGGCAACGCUGACAACACCGUAGUCUUUCUGCAGAGACUCACGGACUCGUUGCUGCUGAAGAGUGGUACCUGGUCCAAGAAGAUCGAUGUGGAGAAGGCUUCAAAAGGAGAUGAGAUCAGUGUCAAUCUCAUCAGCUCAGAAUAUGUGGGCCUGGACAUUCGGCAGAAGUUUACGGUGUACUACUCUGGGACCAGGGAGUUUAAGGAUCAUAAUCCAUUCAAUGUACCAGAAACUCAUCCGGGACAGGGACCGCAGCGCUCUGCUCUGAUGCCAUCUGCAACUCACAAGGAAAGUUCCUCGUCGGCUGCAAAACAAGAUGUAGGCAUUAAGAGACAGUGCAACCACUUUUGCAAGAAUAAGAACCUUUGCGCCCACGACUGUUGUAAAGUGGGUGUAACUGUGGGACGAAAGAGGUCAGCGGGCCAAGAAUUCUCCUCCUAUUUGAAAGACUUGAGGGACAGGUCUGACACUCUGGUACAGACGCCUGUCAAACGACUCAAGCUUAAAAUGAAUGAGGAGGCUCAGUCCGUCAGUAUGCAGAGGUUUGCUUACAAACCCAAAGAUAUUCUUCUACCUGCUACCUGGUGUGAACAAGAUCAGUAUGAACCUUCGGACACUGAUCUGACAUCUGGAGAUUAUUCUCAUCUGCAAGAUGUGGUUUGUCUGAGCGAUCCCGACCCUGUCUCUUUUGCAGAUUACCAAGACUAUGUGGAAGAUGAUCCCGAGAUGUUAGCAAUGCCUGCCCAAACUCCUGCUGCAGCACAUGUUUAUCAUCAUCAAAGAACUCUAACUUCUGGAUUGUCAAGGCGGAUGGUCCCAGAAACAAGUGCUGGAGGUCUGGGUUCUGGAUGGUACUGGAACCACCUCAAUACAAGCAGAGCAACUUACUCUCAGGGCUCCAGCGUAACGCCAGAACAAGAGCCUCUCUGCAGAAGCAGUGCAUCUCUCCAAAUACCAAAUGUCAGCUUUGAUCUUGGACACGAAUGCGAUGACUGGGACGACUUUGACGAUGAGAACUUGUUGCACGCCAGCGAAACUAAGUCCGAUCCUCUGAUCCAGCGCCGUGUUGAGAACAACGUGUCAGGCUCUAAUACCACAUCAGCAGCAGCUUUCCUCAGCUACUCGCAAAACAAAACUCAUAUAACUGCCGUCCCAACGCCACUGAGCUCAAUUUCACCAAAUACUAAAAUCAGGAAACUUGGACCCUCGGCAGUCAAUCAAACAGUCACACCACAGAAGAGACUCACCCUCGAUUUGAUGAAAAAGAGACCAAACAUUUUCAGUGAGGAGAUCCCAGUGAAAGCUCCAGAAAAUCUACCAAAUCAGCCUCACGUGGCACGAGCUACCACAGGCUUGAAUUUCUUCUACACGAGUGUCCCAGCCCCGGCCGACUCCUCUCUUAGGAGCACGGAGGAAGAAGCUUUUCUUGGCAUAUUUGAUGGUAUAUUUUAGAGUCAUUGAGCGUCUGCUGACACGAGAGUAAAGCCCCAAAGUUUAUGCUUUGCUUUUCUCUCCAUAAACCUUUCAGAGUUGUAAGAUGUUUUGAACUCAAUCAUAUGUUCACACUGUAAAUGAAAUGUGUUACAUUAGUUACAGUUGCGUCUAAUGUGUUAAUAUUUAUGAAUGUAUUUAUUUAUCAAAUGUGUGUUUAGGUUGAUUCAUUGCAGUCUUGGCAGGAAGAUGUAGAGCCGUGAUGUGAGAAGUAUUUUAGAUGACUGAGUGGAUCUGGUCAUGUUCAUACAUGACUUUUAUCCAUUUGUUUGAUAGAUAGGUGUGUUCAAAUUUAACUACUACUGUAUGUCUUUGCAGUAUGUGUCACGGUUGAGUCCAAAGUACAAUGUCUGAGUCUGUUUAAGUUUAAGUAAAGGACUAUUUUAGUCAAUGUUGCAGUGAUAUCUGCGAUGCACCGAGCUGUCCCAGAUUUAACUCGAUGAGGUUCUGUAUCGUACUGAUUUAUUGUGAUGUAUGAUGGUCUUGAAGAGAUGAAUUCAGGUUAGAUUUCCAGCGGUACCGACCUCAUGGAGAUCUGUUUUUGUUCUCUGAUCUUCAGAUUGGGUUAUUUUCUGUGUUUAUUUG